AGAACUCAUUGGAAACAUUCACACCAUCCUCUCCAAUCACAAACUAACUAUCCAUUCAAAACAAACUCCCACAAGUGUGCGAAGAUGGCCCGAAUGACAGAGCAUGAUGAUUUUCUAUCACGGCGAUGUGUGUGGGUGAACGGCCCGGUCAUUGUUGGCGCAGGACCAUCAGGCUUGGCUAUUGCAGCCUCCCUGAAGGAGCAAGGUGUUCCUUGCGUCAUCCUCGAGCGGUCAGAUUGCAUUGCUUCACUCUGGCAAAAGCGUACCUAUGACCGGCUGAAGCUCCACUUGCCUAAGCAAUUCUGCCAGCUCCCCGGCCUUGCUUUCCCCGAUGACUACCCUGAGUACCCCACGAAGAAGCAAUUUAUUGAAUACUUAGAGACCUAUGCCAAACGCUUUGAAAUCACUCCUAGAUUCAAUGAAACAGUACAAUCUGCAAGGUAUGAUGAGACUUGUGGCUUGUGGCGUGUGAGGACUGCCGGUGAAGUUGAGUAUAUUUGUCGGUGGGUGGUGGCAGCCACAGGGGAAAAUGCAGAGGAAGUCAUCCCUGACAUACAGGGAUUGAAGGAGCUUGACAGGCCAGUCACGCAUGUCAGCAACUACAAAUCCGGCGAAGCCUACAAAGGCAAGAAGGUGCUUGUCGUCGGCUGUGGAAACUCCGGCAUGGAAGUCUGCCUUGACCUCUGUGAUCACAAUGCCUUCCCAUCCAUGGUUGUUCGCGAAUCGGUGCAUGUUUUGCCAAGAGAAGUGAUGGGAAAAUCCAUAUUUGAGAUGGCAAUGCUUCUGAUGAAAUGGAUGCCUGUAUGGUUGGUGGAUAAGAUCUUGCUCUUGCUCUCAUGGCUGGUGCUUGGAAGCAUGAACAAGUAUGGGCUGAAAAGGCCAGUGACUGGUCCUCUGGAGCUCAAGAACACAAAGGGGAAGACUCCAGUGUUGGACAUUGGUGCACUGGAGAAGAUCAGAUCUGGUGACAUUCAAGUUGUUCCUCAAAUCAAGAAAUUCUCACAAGGGAAAGCAGAGUUCAUUGAUGGCCGAGUCAUUGAUGUCGAUGCAGUCAUUCUCGCUACAGGAUAUCGAAGCAAUGUCCCUUCAUGGCUUCAGGGAAGUGAGUUCUUCGGAAAAGAUGGAUUUCCAAAGAGUGCUUUCCCAAAUGGAUGGAAGGGAAACUCAGGGCUCUAUGCAGUUGGAUUCACAAGAAGAGGACUUGCUGGUGCUUCAGUUGAUGCAGUUAGAGCAGCUAAAGACAUCGGCAGGAUUUGGAAAGAGGAAACCAAGCCAGCAAAGCAGUUCAUUGCAUGCCACAGAAGAUCUUACUCCCAGUUCUGAUGAUCUUAUCUGCAGUUUAGUUUUGAGUGAGACUGACUGUUUUUUAUUAUAACAAUGUAAAACAACAAAAAAUCGAAAGAAAAAGAGAAAAAAAGGAAGCAGAGCCCUCUCUCAAUAGAGCCCAAGUUUUGAACUAGUGAUGGGCAUUAUGUACAGGGGUUAAUUGAAGAAGAUGAGGCUUUUUUCCAUUUCUGUUUCACUUGGUGAGCUUUGUACAAGCACUAAUCUAAUUGAAAGAAGAGUUCCCAUUCUUUUUCCCUGUAACUUAAUC